CUCCCUUUCUCAGCUCCUCCCCCGCGCCUGCACCGCCUCCCUUCCUGCGGCGGGUGAAACCCGAGCGUUGGCGUGGGGAUCGCGGAAGGUGAUGGCUGGGCCUCCGGUGUCUCUCUCAGCACGGGAUGUAGGGUCAUUUGCAUAUCUUACAGUUAAAGACAGAUUACCACAGAUCUUAACUAAGGCUAUUGAUACAUUGCAUCGACAUAAAAGUGAAUUUUUCGAGAAACAUGGAGAGAAAGGCCUGGAAGCUGAAAAGAAAGCAAUUUCUCUUCUUUCUAAAUUACGGAAUGAAUUGCAAACAGAUAAACCAAUUGUUCCUUUGGUUGAGAAUUUUGUUGAUACUGACCUAUGGAAUCAGUACCUAGAAUAUCAACAGAGCCUUUUAAAUGAAAGUAAUGGAAAACCAAGGUGGUUUCUCUCACCGUGGUUGUUUGUAGAAUGCUACAUGUAUCGUAGAAUUCAUGAAGCAAUUAUCCAAAGUCCACCAAUCGAUGACUUUGACAUAUUUAAAGAAUUAAAAGACCAAAAUUUCUUUGAGUCUCAGGAAUCUAUCAUUGCUUUAUGUACUCACCUGCAAAAGUUGAUGAAAACUAUUGAAGACCUAGAUGAAAAUCAGCUGAAAAAUGAGUUUUUUAAAGUUCUUCAGAUUUCACUGUGGGGAAAUAAGUGUGAUCUGUCUCUAUCAGGUGGGAAAACUAUUUCUCAGAAGACCAAUUUAAUAAAUUCUUUGGAAGACCUAACACCUUUCAUUUUAGUGAAUGACAUGGAACAUCUUUGGUCAUUGCUUAGCAACUGCAAAAAAAAAAGAGAAAAAGCAUCUAUUACUCGAGUGGAUAUUGUUCUGGAUAAUUCUGGGUUUGAACUUGUUACAGAUUUAGUAUUAGCUGACUUACUGUUGUCCUCUAAACUGGCUACUGAGAUCCAUUUUUAUGGGAAAACGAUUCCAUGGUUUGUUUCUGAUACUACUCUACAUGAUUUUAACUGGAUAAUCGCACAACUAAAACAUUCUAAUCAUAAGUGGGUGUCCAAAUGUGGGGUUGACUGGGAAAACCAUAUUAAAAUGGGCAGAUGGGUUUACCUCGAUCACGUGUUUUGGACUCUACCUCAUGAAUUCAGUGCAAUGCCUCAAGUCGCUCCUGACUUAUAUGCUACACUACAAAAGGCACAUUUAAUUUUAUUUAAGGGUGAUUUGAAUUACAGGAAGUUGACGGGGGACAGAAGAUGGGAAUUUACCACUCCAUUUCAUGAGGCUUUGAAUGGCUUCCACCCUGCACCUGUCUGCAGUAUAAGAACAUUAAAAGCUGAAGUUCAGGUUGGUCUGCAGCCUGGGCAAGGUGAACAACUCACAGCUUCUGUGCCCAACUGGUUGACCAUUGGGAAAUACGGAAUAUUUCAGUUUGAUGGUCCACUUUGACUUGGUGUAGGAACUCUCAGUUGGGUAGAAAGAUCUGACAGUCACUUUUCAUCCCCAGAAAAGCUCUGGGAAGCUUGGCUUCUCAGUGCUCUUUUACACACACGCUGAUGGCUUUCUCCUUUGAACAUUUUGCCCCACUACAUUGUUUUGGGGAUAGGUGGAUUACACUGGUUACAGAUAGUUACAUUUAUGUUGGAAUUUUAGUAACUUAUUUCAAGUUAAAUGCAUCAUUUCAAGUGGUUUUAAUGAACUUAUUUUUAAUUGGGCAGAAAUAUAAGUGAAUUCUGCUUUAAAAGUUAACAUUUUAAAAAAUACUAUGCUGCAUGGUAUUUAAUGUUCUAGGAGGCAUGGAAUUUUACUCAACUUGAUUUUGGGCUCUAGAGAUAAGGGCUCAGUGAAGAUAUAAUAUAUGUACAUGUUAAAUAUGCUUUGUAAAGAGAGGCAUUUCUUAACAACUGUGAUAUCUGAACACACGAAAGUAAAACUUACCUCGUAAGUUAAUUCUUAAUUUUGUUCUCUUUGACUUUUAUUUCAUUUCAAUAACCUGUAUUAUUUGCACGCAUUUGUAUUUUGAUUGACCUGUAGAAUGGAUGGUAAGAAACACAAAAUUGAACAGAAUGAAACAAAUAGUACUUGAAGAAAUGUAAUAUCUUUUACAUUCUAUUUGUGAUGUCCAUAAUCAGCUGAAGUAUAUUAUUUUAACACGUAAGUGUUUUAAAUGAAUGGGAUUGCUCUACAGUUUAAAAAAACUGCUUUAGGUAGGGAAGAUUCUUCUGCAUUGACUUUGUACUACCAAUGAGUUAAUUCACCUUUUAUAAUCUUACACAUUUAUUGGUGAUCACAGCUAUUAAAGACUAAGUUUCAGGUCAGUUUGUUUUGAAACUGAAAUUGGAAAUAAACCUGGGAACGUUUUCUUGCACCAGAAUAAUAAAAUGAAUUGUAAAUUGUACUGAAAAUCUCACUGGUUUUAUCUUCCAGUGGGGGAAGGUCAAGAAGGGAAGAUUAAAAAUGAAGUCUUUAUGAUGAAGAAACUCAUAAUGUAUAUUAUAGAUGUUGUCCAAGCAGUUGUUAAAUUAUGUCACUUAAAUGAAGUGAUAGUCUGUGCCCUUGCUAAGUGCUUAAAAUUGUUUUGGUAAAAUGUUUAUAUAAAGCUGCACAUUUUGAAUUUACUCAUUUCCUUAUCUACAUGUGUUCCUGUUUUAAACAUUGUUACUAAAAUACUGAGACAUGAGAAUUACUUGUAGACACUUGCCAUAAAUUAGAACACAAUUGUAUAUUUGUAUUGAUUUCACAGCCACAGCAGGAGCUAUGGUAUAAUACAUUACUUUUUUCCAAAGCAUGGGAUUUUUUUCUGUGUUCAUGUUUUAUUAAGAACAUGAGAUUAUGAGGAAGUAGUUCACCCUCUCCUACAAGAAAGAGAGCAAGGAAGCAAACUCUAGAGCAAGCAAGAAGAUGGCACCAUGGAAGAGGAAGUCAAGACGGCAUUUAAAAAAAUGCUUAUUUAGCAGGAGAGAGGGGCCUCUUGGAGUUUCACCAGUUGAUUUUUUUUAUAAUUUUUAUUUUUUAUCUAUUUAUUUUUGGCUGCUUUUGGGUCUUCGUUGCUGCACGUGGGCUUUCUCUAGUUGCGGCGAGCAGAGGCUACUCUUCCUUGCGGUGCGCGGGCUUCU